AUGGCCUACAACCCCUCAGCUAACAGCAUGGUGGAAAGGACCCACCACUCCCUCAAGGCCUCCCUGAUGGCAUGCUGCACAGGCCCCGACUGGAAGGCACAGCUACCCUGGGUCCUCCUCGGCCUCCACACCGCCCCAAGAGCCAAUGGCGACCCGUCACAGGCAGAGAAGGUUUAUGGCGAGACCCUGACACUGCCAGGUGAAUUCUUCGCCGCCGACAACAACGACCCCAACGUCCCACUGGCAAGGCUCCGGGCAGUCACCCAGAAAUUAGUUCCCUGCCGAGAGCCCUACACUUACAGGAGGCAGCAGUUCCGACCGAGGGCCCUGGACUUCUGCAAGUACAUCUUCAUACGAUAUGACGCCAUCCGCCAGCCCCUAACGAGGCCCUACCGAGGACCUCACUGCAUCAUCCGCCGAGAGGAGAAGGCAUUGCUCAUCUCAAUUGGCGGCAGCCAGGACUGGGUCUCUAUAGACAGACUGAAGCCCGCUGUCAUUUCCGACGAAGAUGACCCUGCAGAAGGCCCUCGCAGGACACCACCUUGGAAUACAGCCUUGCCAGAAUCUGACAGCACCCUCAGACAUCGCCGGGAGAGCAGUCGAACCCCAUAG